CGCCCCGGUGUUGGCUCUGCCGGCGCCAUCGCGGCGCGGCCGCCCCGUGCCGGGGGCUCCCGGUGCCGCCGCCUCCCGCCCGCGGCAGCGAUGCAGCGGGCUGCAGUGGCGUUUGAGGACGUGGCCAUCUACUUCUCCCCCGAGGAGUGGGUAGAGCUGGCGGCGUGGCAGCGGGAGCUGUACCAGGAGGUGAUGAUGGACAACUACGACCUGGUCGCCUGCCUGGGCUCUGUUGACGUCUCAUCCAAGCUCAUCCACAAAAUGGAGCCUGAGGAGGAGCCGUGCGGGGGGGCUCCCCCUGGUGAUGGGGACGGAGCAACUCCCGACACCGCUGGCAUUGCUGCCCGGGGCAGGACGUCUGGCGAGGACCCGCCUGGGGACGGUGACCAGGGACACUGGGUCCCACCUGCGCCGCUGGCCGGGGGUGCCGAGGAGCUGGGGUGCCCCCCUCUGUGCCCUGGCUGGUGCGAGGCAGGGACCUGGGGCUCCCCCGGGAGGAUGGGGGCGUGGGAGCGGGGCGAGCGGCCGCUGGAGCCGGCGGCGGCCGGGGGGCUCCUCAUCUGCGGCACCUGCGGGGAGAACUUCGAGGACGCGGCCAGCCUGGGCGCACACCAGGGCGAGCACCUCGGCCCGGCGCCCACCCACGAGUGCGCAGCCUGCGGGAAGGUUUUCCAGCACCACCGCAACCUCCUGACGCACAAGAAGCACCGGGGCCGGCACCAGCACGCCUGCGCCGAGUGCGGCUGCACCUUCUGCCUGAGAGGGGACCUGCUGCGGCACCGGGCCUGCCACGCGGGCGAGGGCAGCUACCCCUGCGCGCUCUGCGGCCGGCGCUUCCGCCACAAGCGGGACCUGCAGGCGCACCGCCAGGAGCACGCGGCCGCCGCGCCGCACCAGUGCCCCGAGUGCGAGAAGCGCUUCGAGGACGAGGCCAGCCUGAGCCGGCACCGGGCCACCCACGUCGAGGAGCGGCCCUUCGUCUGCAGGCGCUGCGGCCGCAGCUUCAGCUGGAAGGAGAGCCUGAUGAUCCACCAGCGCAGCCACGCGCCCGAGCGCUCCCACAAGUGCCCCGUCUGCGGCCGCAGCUUCAGCCGCAGCGGGAACCUGCUGGUGCACCAGCGCGUGCACACGGGCGAGCGGCCCUACGCCUGCACCCAGUGCGACAAGGCCUUCUGCAACAAGGCCAACCUCAUCACGCACAAGAAGCUCCACCGGCGCUACAAGACUUUUGCCUGCGCCCAGUGCAGGCUGGGCUUCAGCUCCAAGAGCAAGCUGCUCCUGCACCUGCGGGCCCACGGCACCGAGCGGCCCUUCGCCUGCAGCGAGUGCGGGAAGAGCUUCCAGCACCGGGGGAACCUCAUCACCCACCUCCGCGUGCACACCGGGGAGAAGCCCUUCGCCUGCACCGUCUGCGGGAAGAGCUUCAGCCAGAAGGGCGACCUGAUGCGGCACCAGCGCAUCCACACGGGCGAGAAGCCCUUCGAGUGCACCGUCUGCGGGAAGAGCUUCUGCUCCAAGCAGACCUUCAUCCUGCACCAGCGCAUCCACACGGGCGAGAAGCCCUUCUCCUGCACCGAGUGCGGCAAGAGCUUCAACCGCAAGGCCAACUUCAUCACGCACCAGAAGAUCCACCGCGGCGAGCGGCCUUUCAUCUGCGCCGAGUGCGGCAAGGGCUUCUGCGCCAAGAAGACCUUCAUCCUACACCAGAAGAUCCACGUCGGCGACCGGCCCUUCGGCUGCAGCGAGUGCGGGAAGAGCUUCAGCCGCAACGGCGACCUGACGCGGCACCAGCGCAUCCACACGGGCGAGCGCCCCUUCGCCUGCGCCGACUGCGGCAAGUGCUUCAGCCACAACGGCGAGCUGAUCAAGCACCAGCGCAUCCACACGGGCGAGAAGCCCUUCACCUGCACCGAGUGCGGCAAGAGCUUCAACCGCAAGGGCACGCUCAUCACCCACCAGCGCAUCCACACCGGCGAGCGCCCCUUCGUCUGCCCCGAGUGCGGCAAGACCUUCAACCUCAAGACCACGCUGAUGAAGCACAAGCGCAUCCACACGGGCGAGCGUCCCUUCACCUGCCUGGAGUGCGGGAAGAGCUUCAAGUACAAGGGCAACCUGCGGACGCACCACCUCACCCACACGGUAGAGCGGGUCUACCCCUGCACCGAGUGUGGCAAGAUCUUCAGCCACAAGAAGGAGCUGACCGUGCACCAGGGCACGCACACGGAGGAGCGGCUCCUGUCCUGCUACCGGGACGGGGAGUCCUUCAGCCCCUUCCUCCCCGUGCACCCGCUGCUCGUGUCCUGCACCCAGCUCCAGGUGCCGCUGGAGGCCCUGUCCAAGUACAAGUAGGAGCUGGCAGAAGUCGCAGAGCUCUGUGCACGUCUCUGCAGAUGGAGCAGACAGGGGGAAUGGCACAGCAAUUUUGGGACCCAGGCCUGCUGUGGUGUUGGUGGCGCGCUGGGACACUGCUGCAGAGCCAGCUCGCCCCGGAGCAAGCGCGGCACCCUCACGGCACGCUGUCAGCGUGCCCGGCACACGGAGCACAGACGAGGGCUUGAGCCUGGCCCUGGGGGAUGCUGGGGGGCAGAGUGUGGCCAUUCCCCUGCUGCUGGUGGUAAAGGGGCCCUGAGCUUCUUCAUGCACGGCCAGGACCGGGGCCGGGGCCCAAGCUAGACCUGGCACCGUGGGUGCUCUCACCUCCCCGUGCCAGGCUGGAGCUCGCAGGCUGUUUGCGCAGGGCUGGUGGUUGGUGCAGUGUGCCGGGUGCGUGGCGGUGGCGCAGCCCCAGGCAUGGGGCCACCACGCACCCCAGCGAGGUGCCCCAGCUCCGGGUUAGGAACUGGUACAGGAGAGGUGCCGGGGGGGGUGUCUGAAGAUGGCUUCGGGUCACCCUGCCCGGCCAGCACCGCGUUGUCCCCUCGCCACCUCCUCUGUCCCCUCGCUUGGGUACCAGCAGCUGCAUGGCCUCCCCCCAUGUCCCUGUGCCACCCUCCCUGUGCUGCAGCGGGACACCCACCCUUCCUUGCUGGGUAGGAGAGGGGCGAUUUUUGCAGUAGGAGCCGUCGUUUCUCCUCACAUGUAUCCCAGGCACAUCGGCAUGGGCCAGUGGGGAGCACUGCUGCAGCGUGCUCCUUCCCUUCCCUGGCACAGGCGCUGCUGUUGGCUCCUGUCCCUCUGCCCCCCAGGCUCAGCAGCCCCCCUUGUCCCGGGGGAGGCUCCCACAGCUCACAUCGUGCAGUUACCGAGCCGUGCUGUCCACAGAGCCACAGAGCAAUUCGGGGGGACCAGACCCACAAAGACCACCCCAUCCCACCCCUGCCAUGCACAGGGACGUCUCCCCCUGGGGCUCAUGGUGCUCAAAGCCCCGAGCACCCCAACCCUGGGCACCUCCACUGAUGGGCACCCACAGUCCCUGGGGGCUGCCUUUGGGGUGGGGGGCCGCGAGCUGGGAGCUGCUGUCUGGGUGGCACAUGGCAGCUCUGUAAAUGCCUUGCCUCAGUUUCCCCAUCCGUAAAAUGGGCUAGCAGCACUGAUCCUGCCUCACUGGGGUGCUGCUAAGCCGCUGCCCACGGUGCCUCGGGGAGGGGACCAGGGCCGCCUGGUGUCACUGCUACCACUGCUGUGGUCUGGGGGCUGCCACGUGUGGGAGACCCCCGGUGACCAGCGCAGCAAGGACCACGUGUAUUUAUAUUUCCUUUUUUUUUUUUUUCUUUUUUCUAAUCUAGG